AUGGAAGAACUUCCCAUCGAACAUGAACUAGGCCACGACUCCUCCCUAACUGAGUCGAUAAGCUCUGUGUCGACCCCGGACACGGACAUCAAAGACCCCUAUUUAGUUUUUCACCACGGACAGGAGCUUAAUGGCCACUCGAAAGCUGUCCUUGGCGACCCUCAUCCAGUGGGAACUUGUUUCAGUGAUAAUCACGAGAUACACGUUCCCCCUUCCGGCACUCGGCGCUUGUGGGAUGAAAUUCACCAUACAGCACAAUGGGGUGCUAUUCCGGACAGCACCGGCAUGGCUAGACUAACACUAUCCGACGAGGACAGAGAGGUGAGAAACUAUUUUGUUCAUGAAGCAGAGCAACUCGGCUGCAGGGUCGACAUCGAUCAGAUGGGCAACAUCUUCGCAGUACUUCCAGGCGAAAACAACAAUGUGCCUCCCAUUGGCAUUGGUAGCCAUCUUGAUACUCAGCCUGCGGGGGGCAGAUAUGAUGGUAUACUUGGCGUCCUAUCUGCACUCGAAGUACUCAAGUCAAUCAAGUCUUCGGGGAUUCGAACUUAUGCACCCAUAGCUGCCAUCGACUGGACAAACGAAGAAGGGGCGAGGUUCGCACCCGGCUGCAACGGCUCUGCGGUCUGGGCCGGCCAUACUCCUCUGCAUGCCGCCUACGCAUUGCGCGAUACGAAUCCGAGCGCAUCCUGCACACUCCGCCAAGAGCUUGAACGCAUCGGCUAUCUGGGCGCGGUGCCCGCAAGCUGCGAGGCCAACAAGCUAAGCGCGCACUUUGAGCUGCAUAUCGAGCAGCGGCGCAUUCUGCAGGACACGGGGAAGAAGAUCGGCGUCGUCACCAACAUCCAGGGCAUACGGUGGUACCGCGUCUGCAUCAACGGGAGGCGGGCGCACGCAGGAGGUGCACCGAUGCACCAGCGUGCCGACGCCGUGGUUGCGGCGGCAAAGGUUAUCUUGUUCCUGGAUGCCAGGGCGCGCGUGGUCGAGGCCGUGGCUACGGUGGGUGUGGUUGAGCUGGAGAGGCCAUCAUCGAAUACCGUGCCUGGAAAGGUUAUCUUUACGAUUGACCUUCGCCACCCAUCUGAAGCGGUACUUGAUGACUUUGAAGCGCGACUACGUAGCUGCACAGAUGGAUUGACGAAAGAGAACGUGGGCAUCGGAGUUGAGAUCUCGAAGACGUGGCAUAGUCCUGCGGUGAAGAUGGACGACGAGGCUAUGGCCUGCACCAAACGGGCUGCCGAAAAGGUGGUCGGCGUAGAGAAUUCCGUCGAAAUGAUCUCUUUAGCCGGCCAUGAUAGCGCGUUGACGGCCACAAAGGUGCCAACUUCCAUGGUAUUCGUGCCUAGUAAAGACGGCAUCAGUCACGCACCGGAGGAGUUUACGAGUGAGGAAGAUUGUGGCAACGGAUUACGGGUUAUACUCGAGGCGGUAUUGGGGUACGACUCUAUAAUCAAACAGCGCUAUACUUCUCAGUAG